GCGUACGCACAAACAGCGCAUUAUAGCACUCUCACAGUCUCACCCAAUUUGAUUUAUCGUCGUCACCAUUCAUGAUUCACGCUUCAAUCUCUACUCCGUUUGCAGAAGGCUCGGUUCCUUGCCUUUUCCCCUAAUCCGGAUGCUCUCUCGCCGUUGCAGAAGUUCAUUCUUACGAAAUCUGAUCUUCAUCUUCAGUUUCCAUGGCGAAUUUCUUGGUAGUUUUGCUCUUUGUAGCUUGUUUCUUUGUGGACAGUUCUGUUGCGCUUAGGCUCUCGUCGAGGCUCAUUCAUCGAUUCUCCGAUGAGGCGAAAGCGCUUUGGAAGUCCAGGAACGGUAAUGCGUCUGGAAAAUUUUGGCCGAGGAGGAAUAGCUUGAAGUAUUUUGAAACGCUUAAGGAUUAUGACUUGAAGAGGCGGAGACUGAAGAUCGGAUCGAAGUACGAGGUGAUUUUUCCUUCUGAAGGAAACGAGGUCGUGUUCUUUGGGAACGAAUUUGAUUGGUUACAUUACACAUGGAUUGAUAUAGGAACACCGAGUGUUUCGUUUCUCGUUGCAUUGGAUGCUGGAAGUGAUCUGCUCUGGGUUCCGUGUGAUUGCAUUCAAUGUGCUCCCUUGUCUGCAAGUCAUUAUAGCUCACUGGAUAGGGAUCUGAGUGCGUACAAUCCAGCUUUAUCAAACACCAGCCAGUACCUUUCCUGCAGUCAUCAAUUAUGUGCUUGGAGCACAACUUGCAAAAGUCCUGAUGAUCCCUGCACUUAUAAAAGAGAUUAUUACACAGAUAAUACAUCAACUUCUGGAUUUAUGAUUGAAGAUAAAUUGCAUUUGGCAUCUUUCAGCAAACAUGGUACACAACGUCUUUUGCAGGCCUCAGUUGUAUUAGGCUGUGGUAGGAAACAGAGUGGUUACUAUUUGGAUGGGGCUGCUCCUGAUGGUGUUAUGGGGUUGGGUCCUGGAAACAUUUCAGUGCCAACCUUAUUGGCAAAAGCAGGAUUGGUUAGAAAUACAUUCUCGCUUUGUUUUGAUAAUAAUGGUUCUGGGAGAAUCCUCUUUGGGGACAAUGGUCCUGCCACCCAGCAAACAACACAAUUUUUGCCAUUAUUUGGUGAAUUUGAUGCCUAUUUUGUCGAGGUGGAGUCCUUUUGUGUUGGGAGUUCCUGUCUGCAGAAAAGUGGAUUCCACGCAUUGGUGGACAGUGGCUCGUCUUUUACAUAUCUUCCUACAGAAAUCUAUAAAAAGAUAGUCUUUGAGUUUGACAAACAAGUAAAAUUAAAUGCUACCAGGAUAAUUCUCCAAGAAUUUCCCUGGAAUUACUGCUAUAAUUCCAGUUCGCUGGAGUCCUCUUAUAUUCCUAGUAUGAAACUCGUGUUUCCUCUGAAUCAAAGCUUUAUACAUGAUCCUGUGUAUACCCUCCCUGACAGCCAAGGAUAUAAACUGUUUUGUUUAACCUUAGAAGAGACAGAUGAUGAUUACGGUGUAAUUGGACAAAACUUGAUGGUGGGUUACCGGCUGGUUUUUGACAGAGAAAAUCUUCAGUUGGGUUGGUCCAAGUCCAAAUGCCUAGAUAUCAACCAUGGCGAAGCAGGCCAUGCCAAACCACCUUCAAAUGACGGAUCACCAACUGCAUUACCAACCGAUGGACAUCUAAGCCCUCCAAAUAGGCAAGAAAUUGCACCCACUGCUGCUAGGGCGUUUUCCAAAUCGUCCCUAACUGCACCCCAUUUUUCUCUCUUCAGCUACUGUUGUUUGAGGUUAUUCUUGUUGCUUUUUGAGUUUGUUGAGUCCAUGCUGUAAAUAUUGCCUUUUCCGACUGGCAUUUCAAUUACUUAAUAAUUUACCCCUUCCUGUAAGUUGCUGUAUCAUAUAGGAAAAAAUAAGUUACAUUUUUUUUACUGGGAUUUGAGUAUUAUAUAGACGUUUUUUUCAAUUCAAGCAUCAGUGCAAGUGCCA